AUGGCUGUUGCCCGGACUGACCCAAAACUGCUGGUCUCAAGCGAUCCUUAUGCCUCAGCCUCCCAAGCAGCUGGAAGUACAAACUUGCACCCUAGCGCCCAGCUGGGAGUGACUGAAGUUCAGCGGAGUGCAAGGACGUGGCUAGUUGCCGGAAUCUCUACCACAGAACCCUCAGAACCCUUACAAAGUGGGGAGCCGCGGGCUGCAUGGGGGCGGGGCACUGCGGGUCCCAGGAAAAAAGCAGGUGCAGGUGGGUUUGGUAAUUUGAGAGCCCGCCGAACGGAGGCGGAGGUACACAGGGACCGAGGCUGCACUGGAAGCCUCCCUCCUUCCGGAAGAAAACUCCCCAGGCCGCCUCCGCAGCCGGGCCGCGGGGGCGGCAGGAGCACGCGGGAGAGCGCGGCGCCGAUUAGUGACGAUGAACCAGGCUAUGACCUAGAUUUAUUUUGUAUUCCUAAUCAUUAUGCUGAAGAUUUGGAAAAGGUGUUUAUCCCUCAUGGACUAAUUAUGGACAGGACUGAAAGACUUGCUCGUGAUGUGAUGAAGGAGAUGGGAGGCCAUCACAUUGUAGCUCUCUGUGUUCUCAAGGGGGGCUAUAAAUUCUUUGCCGACCUGCUGGAUUACAUUAAAGCACUCAAUAGAAAUUGUGAUAAAUCCAUUCCUAUGACUGUAGAUUUUAUCAGGCUCAAGAGCUACUGUAAUGACCAGUCAACAGGGGACAUAAAAGUAAUUGGUGGAGAUGAUCUCUCAACUUUAACUGGAAAGAAUGUCUUGAUUGUUGAGGAUAUAAUUGACACUGGCAAAACAAUGCAAACAUUGCUUUCCUUGGUUAAGCAGUAUAAUCCAAAGAUGGUCAAGGUUGCAAGCUUGCUGGUGAAAAGGACCCCUCGAAGUGUUGGAUAUAGGCCAGACUUUGUUGGAUUUGAAAUUCCAGACAAGUUUGUUGUUGGAUAUGCCCUUGACUAUAAUGAAUACUUCCGGGAUUUGAAUCAUGUUUGUGUCAUUAGUGAAACUGGAAAAGCCAAAUAUAAAGCCUAAGAUGAGAGGACAAGUUGACUCAAGAAACACUGGGAGUCCCAUUGAGAUCGCCAGCAGAAUUAUCAGAUGUUCUAGUUUUGUGGCCAUCUGCUUAGCUAAGCUUUCUGCAUGAACCUUCUAAGAGUUUUAUCUAUUUUGUAUUUUAGAAAUGUCAGUUGCUGCAGUCCUGAACUUUUAUUUGCACUGUGAGCCUAUAGACUGUCAGUUCCCUUUGGGUGGCUUCCUUAACUUGUGAAUGGAAAAAACCUCAUAAACUAUACCACUGUUAAAUAAGAAUAUUGAAAUUGUAUCUGUAAGAAACAUUUAAAGAAAAAAAUAUUAGUUUUUUAAUUGGUAUUUUAAUUUUUGUAUAUUCAGGAAAGAACAGAAGUGAUUAUUGCUCAUUAUAUCACCGUGUAUUUAGAAAGUCAGAAGUGGUCAGUUUUUUCAUUGAUAUUGGUGACAGCAUCUAUGAGGUUUUGUUCGAUUGGAAAAAAUCUAUCUCAGUAGUGUUGAUUCUUUUUUUUCCCCACUAGUUCAAGAUUAUUUCCCAUUCAUCUUUGUCAACGGUUUCUUUUAAAUGCAAAUAAAUAAAUUUUAAAAAGUA